GCAGAACAAGAAAGGGUGAAAGGUUAACAAGAUGGCGCUGCCCAUGAUCCCAAGAUGGUGAUAUUUUUUCAGGGGGUAGAAACGUGAUCCGUUGGUCUCUCCAGGCAAAGGGAUCUGGGAUGGGGCUUACUGGCUGCCUGACAGCCUUCCAGACAAGGAUCUGGGUGGGGUCCAAGAAGCAGCUCCUUCAGCGACCCACAAGCAAGGACUUCGGUGGCCUGCCUAGACUCUGCACAAGGGGGCUGUCUGGGGGAUGUCCGAGAAGGGGACGGGCCUCUCCCGGGGUGCCAUCGCUGAAUCCUUCCCUCCAUGGUCCCCCCCGGUCCUUCCUUGGCCUUCCCCUCGGGCUCUUCUUUGAAGGCCGGCCUCGCGGCUUCGCGAAAGCUGCCAAGCCAAAGAGUGUCCGGCACGCCAAAGCCGCCGACGAGGCUGCCCCCAUUUUCCAAUAUGUGGGAGACCGAGCCAAAAGGAAGGACCGGGUCUUCGUGUGCGGCUUCACCUACUCGGGAGCUCUGGGCAUCCCUUCCUUUAUCGUCCCGGAUAAAGGGAAAAGGCGAAGGCGGAUCCAGCCCACGCCUUACCGCCUGGAGGUGAAGGAGAAGAUUUCUUCUGCUGCCUGUGGCUACGGGUUCACACUUCUGUCAUCCAGAACAAUGGAUAUUACCAAGAUAUGGGGAAUGGGGCUGAAUAAAGAUUCUCAGAUUGGAUUUCACAGGAGCAGGAAAGAUAAAUCUAAAGGCUAUGAAUAUGUCUUGGAGCCAAGCCCUGUUCCCUUGCCACUGGCCAAGCCACAGCAGAGCAGAGUUUUGCAAGUAUCUUGUGGGAGAGCGCAUUCUUUGGUGUUAACAGAAGAAGGAGUCUUUAGCAUGGGCAACAAUGCUUAUGGCCAGUGUGGCCGAAAAGUGAUUGAAGGUGAAAUAUACAGUGAGAGCCAGAUCAUUAACAAACUGCAAGGAUUUGAAGACAGAGUGGUCCAAGUUGCCUGUGGGCAGGAUCAUAGCCUUUUCCGGACUGAGAAAGGAGAUGUCUAUUCUUGUGGUUGGGGAGCUGAUGGCCAGACAGGCCUUGGCCACUACGAUAUAGUGAGUGCUCCCACAAAACUGGGCGGGGACAUUGCAGGCGUCCGCAUUACACAGGUCACAACCUAUGGGGAUUCGUGCCUGGCUGUGUCCGAGAGCGGCGAGCUGUUUGGCUGGGGAAACUCGGAAUAUCUUCAGCUGACUUCUGUUACUGAGACGACCCAGGUCAACGUCCCCAGACAUUUGCACUUCGAUGUUGGGAAAGUGAAGGAAGCUUCCUGUGGUGGAACUGGCAAUGCCAUCUUAACUGAGGAAGGCCAUGUUUUUGUGUGGGGCUAUGGAAUUCUUGGGAAAGGACCAAAUCUUAUGGAAACAGCCAUUCCUGAGAUGAUCCCACCUUCCCUGUUUGGCUUGUCAGACUUCAACCCCGAUAUUUGCGUGGACCGGAUCCGUUGUGGAUUAAACCAGUUUGCGGCGAUCACUAACCAUGGAGAACUCUUUAUAUGGGGCAAAAAUGUGCGAGGAUGCUUAGGAAUUGGCAGGAUGGAAGAUCAGUACUUCCCCUGGAGGGUGACGGUGCCAGGUGAGGUGGUGGACGUAGCCUGUGGCGUGGAUCACAUGGUCAUCCUGGUUAAAUCUUUUAUUUAGUAGCGUACCUGUGCACAAGUGCCUGUCCAGAUGAGCGGGAAGCCAAAUUGUGCAAGCCUUUGCUGGAGCCCUGUGGUUGGCCUGAUGGUGGAGAACUCACUGAAGCUUGAAAACACUUUGUAAAACGACUGGGAGAGAUUGAGCAUGCAGUAACUGUAGCCCAAGGAGCAGCUGAAGGAAAUGCAGAGAGGAUCAUGUGUAGACUUUGCAGUUGGGCAUUUAUUGCUAAUGCCAGCCAUCCUGAAUUUUUUUUUUAAAAAAAGCACUCGUUUUCCAUGUUGUUACUGUUGAGGUCCAGAAAUGGCACAAAGAAAAUCUUUAUUUAAUAGUAAAGGAAAAUGUGCUACAUUGCAGGGCAUUUCUAACAACUGUAAAUAGUACUUGCAGAUCCUCAAGUUAAGUUAAAAGUCUAUUUUUUUAAACGAACAGUCUUACAAGAUCACCAAGAAUCUCAUGUUUUCAGCGAAAUCAUGUGAAAUCUUGGGAGUCAGUUUUGGUGGAUCCAUUAAGUUUUAUGCCAUUGGUUAAUAAAAUUAUGUAUCUCAUGCCAAAAAGA